CGUCAGUGCAGACUGCUCUUCUCAUUGUCUCACUAUGGACCUGCCAUUUUUAUUGCUCUGUACUCUGUUGGAAGUCCUGGCUGUAAAGUGUCAAGAGGAGCCACAGGAACGCAUAGUGGGAGGAUACGCUCCCGUUCCACAUUCAAUCAAGCACAUUGUGUCAAUACAGACAAGACAGCGUCAGCACUUAUGCGGGGGCUCCUUGAUAAACAAGUUCUGGGUAAUCACAGCAGCACACUGUAACGUUGGGGUGGACAAAAUGAUGAUAGUAGCAGGAGACUACUCUCUGGCCAUCUAUGAGGGCACAGAGCAAGAAAUCCUGCCCCAACUUCUGGUUCCCCACCCUGACUACAACAGCACCACCACCAACAACGACAUAAUGCUUAUAAAGCUGAGGGCCCCGGUCUAUCUGAACAGCUACGUUUCCAUCGCUCUGCUGCCACGACACGACGCCUCCAUAGCGGAGGGCAGGCUGUGUCGAGUGUCAGGCUGGGGAUACACCAGCCCCACUGGAGGCCAGAUCCCCUCCACCCUCCGAACUGUCAAGCUCCCCAUCGUCUCCACAGAAAAAUGUAACAGCAGUGAUUCCUUCGAUGGCACCAUCACAGCAAACAUGCUCUGUGCUGGCUUCAGCGCUGGAGGGAAGGACGCCUGUCAGGGGGACUCUGGGGGUCCACUUGUAUGUGAGGGCCGGGUCUAUGGUCUGGUGUCCUGGGGAAAAGGAUGUGCUGAACCCCAGUUUCCCGGAGUCUACACUGCUGUGUCCAAGUUCCGCAGGUGGAUAGACAACACAAUCUUUAGUUACUACAGCAGGUGCAACGAGGACUAAAACCCAG